UUAAAAAAAAUAUUCGUCCUCUCGUCGAGAUUAUUUAUUUUUUAUAAAUUAAAUUUUAAAUAUGGUGUGAAGAUAAACAUUAACUAAUUUGAUACUGUUAAAAUAUUUGUGAUUAUUUGUCCUGUGAAUUCUAAAAACGUUUGAUUAAUUCCAUUGUAAAGCUAAAGUUGAUAUAUAACUAUGGUCAUCAAGAUUACAAAAUAAUAUUUCUAGUGAUUACUUUGUUACCGUGGACUACAAUUCGCAAUCAUGGAGUACGAUAAUGACGAGAAUACUUGGAGAAGGUCAUCAACACCUAAGUUUAAACACUCGACUUGCAAAUCAAUUCCUAGAAGGUCGACAACUACUGCAGUUGUUGUCCUUGGUCUUGCAGUUCUGAGCUGUUUAUUAGGUUACUGCGUUUUAAGUGAAACUUUACCUUAUGAGUCGAAAACUUUGCGCCUUGUUAUUAUUUUAUUCCGCCAUGGAGCUAGAGCACCAUUAUCAACUUACAAGAGUGACCCAUUUAAAAACUAUCAAUGGCCAGAUGGACUGGGUAGCUUAACAAAUGUGGGCAAAUUACAACUGUAUGAAUUGGGAAGGAAAUACCGCAGUUAUUAUGCCACUUUUAUACCAGAAGAGUACAAUGAGAAGGACAUAUAUGUACGCAGUAGUGAUGCUUCUCGAUGUAUGAUGAGUGCGUACACAUUUCUGGCUGGCUUGUAUCCUCCUACGGACAGGCAAAUGUGGCACCCUGAAAUAAUGUGGCAGCCCAUCCCUGUUCACUCCUUACCAAGAGAAAUUGACAAUAUAGUUGCUGCAACAAAACCUUGUAAAGCAUGGAAGAGGAUGUAUGAAGAAUUAUUGGAUGAAAAGAAUUCUGAUACUAAAUACACUGAAUUAUUUGAUUAUCUAAGUAAACAUACAAAUCAAACUAUGCGGAGUGUUCUCAAUGUGGAUUUCUUAUACAGUACUUUUAAUACUCAACAAGAAGCGGGGUUGAAACUACCGGAAUGGACAAAAAAUGUAUUUCCCAUCAAAAUGAGACAGCCGUUUAUGUUGAGUUUGGCUUUAUUGUCUUAUAAUGAUUCAUUACAAAGAUUGCACACUGGACCACUGCUCGGAAAAAUAAGGUCACAUUUGCAAGAAGCAGUUACUCAUAUAAACAUGGACAGAGCAUUGUAUGUGUACUCGGCGCAUGAUGUGAAUAUGGUGUCGCUCAUGAGGUCUCUGGGUUUUACGGAAUUGAUGGAACCAGAGUAUGGAUCCAGUAUUGUAGUAGAGCUGCAUGAGGAAGUGGAACAGGAUACAUUUUUUAUUAAGUUAUUCUACCGGAACAAUACGAAAGUUGAGGUGCCCAUGGAAUUGAAAAUACCAUUUUGCAAUGAGCCCUGCACCUAUGAUAGAUUUAUUGAACAUCUUGGAACACUAAUACCAUCAGAUUGGGAAGCAGAGUGUCAAAAUUAGGCCAUAGUUAAGUGGUUUUUACUUAUUUUUAUUUUAUCAGAGCCAACUAGUUUUAUGUGUGUUCUUAUCUGUUUCUAAUUAUAAAUGUUAUUGUAACCUGUGAUGUAUUAAGUAGUAAAUCAAGAAAUUAUUCAUGCCAAAAUACUUGAGAAUUGCAAAUAUUUGCAUGCGCGUGCCAUAAUACUCGAAAUUAAAAUAUUAGAAAUUAAUAAAAUACUCCAAUUUCAAAUUUUAUUCUGAGAUUAAUUAAUUUAUAAGAAGAAUAAAUUAUCAGUCAUAUUAUUAUGAAAAAGAUGAGUAAAUACCAUAGAGUUACCAGAUCUUCUAUUUUACAUCAUGCAAUAUAAUUUUAAUUUAAGGGAGGUAAUACCAGUGGUAAGGCACUAUACACAGAUCCAAAAUUGUGAAUUCUAUUUGGAUAAGUUGUUGUUUGUUGUAGUCCACUAACGAUUUUUUUAUCACUGUCUUUCUACCGCCUUUCUGAGUAGGGUUUUUAAUUGAAAAUAAUGUCUCUGUAUGCUAAAUUUUAAAAUUUGACAUUUUAGGACAUUUUUAUUGUAAUUUGCGUAAUAAGGAUUUAUGAAUUGAAAUUAUACUAAAUAAUAAGAUACUUAUUCUUGUUUUGUGGUAUUUCCAUAACUUAGUAGUAGUAGCAGUAUCAACAAUUUUUAUGAUACAAGCUUUCCACCCGCAGCUUCGCCCGCGCAGUCAAAGAAAAACCCGCAUAGUUCCCGUUCCCGUGGGAUUUCCGGGAUAAAACCUAACCUAUUUUCCCGGUAUCAAAAUAUCUCUAUACCAGAUUUCAUGCAAAUUGGUUCAGUAGUUAAGGCGUGAUUGAGUAACAGACAGACAGACAGAGUUACUUUCGCAUUUAUAAUAUUAGUAUGGAUUAGACAAAACAUGGACAAAACCUAUGUAUUUGAAGUACUCAACUUCUAUAGGCAAAACAGAUCUAUAGUGAUAGUGAAUUACCCAAGAAUAAGUAUCUUAAACAUGUUUAAUGCCAAAAAAAAUACUAUAUACCUAUACAUUCCAUGUGCACAUAUUUUCUUAAAGCAAUAUACAAUAAAGUAAUAACAACUAUUUUUAUCACCUUCUUCACUUUUUUCUAUUAAAUAUUAAAUAAGACUUAUAAAUGUUGUGUAUAGAUAAAUAUUAUAUUAAGCGGAUAGUGUUGCCCAAAAUUUUUUAUUAUAUUUCAAUAGGAAAUAUCUAAAUGGACUGAUUUUCAUCUAUAAUUAUUCAAUUUAUUCAAUUUUUCUAUAAUAUUAAUGUUGUUUAAAACGUGAUAUUUAGGUUAAGAUUUACCUACUUAAAUGUAAACGCUAUUACGUUUUAUAAUUACUUACUUAAAAUCAAAUGUGCUAAGAACUGAAUGUUGUAUAUUCGUUACGCAUUUGAUGUAAUUUUUUAUUUAGUUACGUAAAAUAUAUCGCGCUUGUUCGUAAGCGUUUACUAAUAACAUCUAAUAUUUAUAUUAUAAUAUCUAUCUUUUGGCUCUUUUACCUUCACAUUUUGUAUCAUGUCUAAGGAUCUUAAUGGCUAGAGAAAACUAAAGUUCGAGAAGUUUUCAACUUACAAUCCUUUUAAAAUUAUAAUUAAGUACUUACCUAUCUGCUUCUACCAACUUAUCUCAAAAUGUCGUAAUGAAUUCUUUUGGGCAACGACUGGUUUUAUGUUGUUAUGUACGUAGUUAAAAGAUUUUAUGUCAAUGUAUUGUUUAUAUGUGGUUACGAAUAAAAUGUUUGUGAAAUCAA